AUGACUCCAACCUGGCAAUUACCUAUGGACUACCGCGAACGUCCUGUAGCAGUUCUCGGUGGUGGGGUUUUGGGCCGUCGUAUUGCCUGCAUCUGGGCAUCAGCAGGUUACAACGUCCACGUCCGUGACCCGAGCCCCCAGCAACGCGCAGACUGCAUCACCUACGUAAAUGAGAAUGUCGCCUCAUAUGCUGCACACACAGGAGCGAGCCCCGGCCCUAUCACAGCAUUCGAGGAGUUGGCGGCGGCAAUAGAGAACGCGUGGCUCGUCAUAGAGUGCGUUCCUGAGGUCCUCCAACUCAAGAUCGACACCUUCGCAGAGCUAGAGAAACAUGCUCCGACGGACUGCAUUCUGGCAACCAACUCAUCCUCAUAUCGCUCCUCAGAAAUGCUGGAUAAGGUAUCAGUCGCAACGAAGACGCGUAUCAUGAACAUACAUUACUACAUGCCUCCACAGGUCAUGGUUGUGGAACUGAUGACGGAUGGAUUCACAGAGCCAUCAAUUCUUCAUUUCAUGGCUGAGCGCUCGAAAGAAGUGGCGACCAAGCCUUAUAUUGCGAGGAAGGAAUCUACUGGGUUUAUAUUCAACCGUUUGUGGGCUGCUGUUAAGCGCGAAGCUCUUACCAUUCUGGCUGAAGAUGUUUCGACGCCGAGCGAGAUUGACUCACUAUGGACUGAGAUGUUUGUGAAGGGAGGGACACUGCCUUGCAAGAUGAUGGAUGCUGUUGGACUUGACACCGUGGCUUUCAUCGAAAGGCACUAUGUCGCUGAACGAGGUCUCGAUUCUGAGAAGACCGUCGAUUUUCUCCAAACGAACUAUCUUGACCAUGGCAAACUUGGGAAUAAAUCAUCCAAGGGGGGGCUUUAUCCGCCCGCGGAAGAGAAAUAAG